UACAGACUCAGGUGUGCUGCUGACAGGUGCAUGCUGUGUGCAACGGGAACUGCUGCUCGAUGGUUCCGCAGAGUGAACCUGGCUGAAGUGCGACCCCUGGUGGACGAAGAUGAGUCUGAGUGAAGUGAGGGAGCUAUCCAUGUACUCAGUGGCUGUCUCUCGACCUGCCGACUACCCCUCGCACGCCCGGCCAGCUGAGAACAUCCUCGCGCCUGGGAGGUGAUCCAGGAUUUGAGAAGAGGAGAGGACGGGGAGACAUCACCUACACAGCUCGACCACCAUGCAGACACUCGGGGUCCCUUUUUUGCUGUUUUGGCUUAUCUGGGGCCACUGCUGCGCCCUCGGCGGAAAAGUGAACAAGCACAAGCCGUGGAUAGAGACAUCUUACCACGGUGUGAUCACCGAGAACAUGGACACGGUACUGCUGGACCCUCCUCUGGUAGCUCUAGACAAGGAUGCCCCGGUCCCCUAUGCUGGGGAGAUUUGUGCCUUUAAGAUCUAUGGUCAGGAUGCUCCAUUCGAAGCAGUGGUGUUGAAUCGCACAUCUGGAGAGGGAGUCCUGAGGGCCAGCAGCCCAGUGGACUGUGAGAGCCAGAAAGAGUACACCUUCAUAAUCCAGGCCUACGACUGCGGGGCUGGACCCAGUGGGGCCGACUGGAAGAAAUCCCACAAGGCGGUGGUUCACAUCCAGGUUGAUGACGUCAAUGAGUUCAGUCCUGUCUUUCGGGAGCCGUUGUACAAGGCGUCAGUAACAGAGGGCAAGAUCUAUGACAGCAUUUUGCAGGUGGAAGCUUGGGACCAGGACUGCUCACCUCAAUACAGCCAGAUCUGCAACUAUGAAAUUGUCACUGCAGGGACACCAUUUGCCAUAGACCGCAAUGGAAACAUCAGAAAUACGGAGCGACUGAGCUAUGACAAGCAGCAGACCUACAAGAUUAUGGUGACGGCCUUUGACUGUGGUCAGAAGAGAGCAAAGGAGGACGUGGCUGUGCAUAUUGAUGUCAAGCCUGUUUGCAAACCUGGAUGGCAAGGCUGGAACAAGCGUGUGGACUACGAGCCAGGGACUGGGAGCAAGCAGCUGUUCCCCAAGAUGCACUUGGAAACCUGUGGCGGUCCCCUGUCUGGCGUGAGGGCCAUGGUGGAGCUGCAGACCAAUCACAUCGGGAAGGGCUGUGACCGUGAAACUUACUCUGAAAAGUCUCUGCAAAAACUCUGCGGUGCAGCAUCAGGCAGCACAGACCUCCUUCCUGCCCCCAGCCCUUCCACAAACUGGACGGUGUCUCUGCUGACUGACAGCGGGCGAGACAGCGACCUCAUCUACAGGUUCGACGGGCGUCAGGCUGCCAACGUUCCAGAUCAUGUGGUGCCCCAAAACCUGACAGACCAGUUCACCAUAGCAACCUGGAUGAAACACGGGCCCAGUCCAGGACUCAGAGCUGAGAAGGAAACCUUACUGUGUAACUCUGACAAGACCGAGAUGAACCGCCACCAUUACUCUCUGUACGUUCACAACUGCCGCCUGGUGUUCCUGCUGAGAAGAGAUUUCACUCAGGUCGACACUUUCAGACCUGCCGAAUUCCACUGGAAACUGGAGCAGAUCUGUGACAAGGAAUGGCACUAUUAUGUGAUCAACGUGGAAUUUCCUGCAGUGACACUAUUUGUGGACGGUGUGACCUAUGAACCCUACCUGGUGACGGACGACUGGCCGAUCCAUGCCUCAAAGAUUGAUACGCAGCUGACUGUGGGUGCCUGCUGGCAAGGCGGUGAGGUAGCAACCCCAAGGUUCACCCAGUACUUCCAUGGCAGCCUGUCAGGUCUGACAAUCCGACCAGGCCGCAUUGAAACCCAGAAGGUUAUCUCCUGUCUGCAGGCCUGCAAAGAAGGCCUUGAUAUAAACUCCCUUGAAAGCCUAGCUAAGGACAUCAAGUUCCAUUUUAAUCCUGCCCAGUCUGUGCUGGUGGUGGAAGGAGAGGAUGUGGACAGCAUCAACACAGCUAUGACCAAAGUUUCCUACAUCAACUCUCGCCAGUUCCCCACAGCAGGCCUCCGACGGCUGCACAUCACCACCACAGUACAGUGUUUCGGAGAGGACACGUGUCUCUCCAUCCCAGACAUCAAGGCAGUGGUUAUGGUGCUGCCGCCCAGUGAACCGAGAAUCACAAUUACAGGAUCUAAUCGACUCGUCAGGCCUGCUGGUGACCUGCGGGGUCCGCUGGGUGUGGCACCCUUCAAAGAGCUUCACAUCACCAGCACAGUAAUGAAGGGAGACAGCUUCGGUGGAUUCCACAGACCAGGUGUGAUGGAGGUGAUGCACAACCUGGACUACUGUGACAUCCUGGUAAUUGGAGAGGAACUGAAUCCUGAGAAAGAGAGUCUGGAGAUUCAUCAUAGUGCUUUGUUGGGAAAACACCUGGAUGCUACCAACUCCACCUCGGGAAUUUCAAUAUAUGGUGUGGACUCCAUGGCCCACUAUGAGCAGGCACUGAGACAGGUGCGCUACAGGAACUGGCGACCUGCCACCCUCAGCGAGAGAAGGUUCAGACUCACCUGCUCCGAACUCAACGGACGUUACACCAGCAACGAGUUCAUUUUGGAGGUCAGUGUUCUUCACCACUCGGCACCUGUGGAGCAUGUCAAUCAUAUGGCAGCCCAGCCUCAGUACAUGAGACCCGUCCAUCACCCACUCAUGAUACACACUUUCAACUCACACGCAUCAGGAGCAGCACCUCCAGCAGCCACAGUAGUCAUCGUGGUUUGUAUCGCCGCCCUGGUUGUGAUUGUGGUGAUCGGAGUGUACAGGAUCCAUGCCACACAUCAGGAGGGGUCCAGAGAGGACGAGGACGAGGUCAAAGACCCUGAGGCGGACUGGGACAACUCUGCUCUCACCAUCACUGUCAACCCCAUGGAGAACAUAAGAGGAGCUCAGGUGCUGGACGAAGAGGUAAAAGAGGAGAGCCGGGAGGACGAGGAAGAAGAAGAGGAUGAGGAACAGGUUGGAGGAAUGACAAGUGCUGAGUCAGACAACAGUGAUGAAGAUGAGGAGGAGGAAGAGGAAGAAGAAAGAGAAGAUGUGAAAGAGAGGAAGCAGAAGGGAAAACUUGAGUGGGACAGUUCCUCUGUAACAUACUGACCACACACACAUAUAUAUAAACAUCAUAACUACAUGUACACAGCACUCUCUACAAGUUUGUCUCUCCCUUUCCCCCUCUCUAUCAACCACACACACACACACACACACACACACACACACACAGACACAGACACAAAAACCUAAUCUCUGAUAAAAUUAUUUACAAUCCAUAGCUGGAAAUGAGACUUCAAAUCGUCCUAGGGUGUUAUUUCUAGUGAAACAUCGCCCUCUGUUGGACAAAGUCAGAACUACUGAAUCAGCUACAGUCCCACAGUGCUUGAACUGUGUCUGUAUGCACAUUAUUAUUCACAUCAGAGUCAGUGAUGCUGAGCAAAACUAUAUCAAACAAGCACAGUCUUCUCAUUGUGUGUGCAAAAUUAACUAGAGUAAAAAUUACAAUCGCGGACAAAAUCUUAAAUAUGGCAACACAAAUAUAAACACAACAAUGAUUUAUUUUUAUCCCAACAUUUAAUAUUUACAUGUGUCCUCAGAUUACUUUUGUAUUGUUUACUUUUCAAACAGAUUAUCUGCAGGAUGGUCAGUUAUUAACAGAUUUAUCAGCGAGAUGUAUCCACAUACAUAUCCAUUGAUAAAUGUAUCCAUAAAUUUUAAAAAUAUAUUUCCUUCAGCCUAUAUAGUAGGUAUAACAUAGCUGUGUUGUCACUCAGUAUAUAUCCUCUGUUCUCAUCUUUAACUCAAACCGGAUGCUCUUCUGUCUUUAAAAUCUGUGUGAUCAGUGCUGAGUUUCUCUAAACUCAUCACAGUGCUGUGGUUCUGUGGCCUGGGCAAAGACAAACAUGUUAAUCUCUGACAUAAACAUUCCACCUUUGUCCUGAUUUACAGACAAUAUAAAGCAGAAUAAUUAACUAUUACAUUUUUGGGUUUCUUAGCUAAGUUAAUCACUUUUCUAUCAGUUUAAAGCUGAUUGACAAAGUUGAUUGUAAUGAAACUACUCGUAGAGUUGGCGGCAUUCAAAGCCUGUUUGUUUGCAUCUGCGUCCUCCAUCGUAUCUAUUCAUACUGUGGCCCGAUAUAGCCUUUUGAUGUUUAGGGUUAGAUAUUAUCUUUCUUUUUCAGCAGAUGAAAUGAUACAGAGAUGUUACUGUGUGCUGUCUUUCAUUUUUAAUUCCAUAAUAAAGGGAGCCCUCUAUGCAAUAAUGGGCCCGGUAAACAGACCAGGACACAGAAACAGGGGUACUCCAGAGAUUUAGACUUUUGAGAGACAGAUUUAAAACUGGUUAACGAUCAGUGCAUAAGAGGCCGAGAUAUCCUGACCUGACGUCUAGUGCCUAGUAUGGGUCAAUCUCCAAAAAUGCCUGAUCCUACACUACCCAUAAUGCAACUCACUUGCCUGACCUGCCAAACAUCUAAAUUAGCCCAAUACACAAACUUGUAGGUGUUGACUAUAUUAAAUAAAAAAACAAAAAAACUUGCUGUAGCUGAAAAUCUCAGAGUAGUGCAGACCUGUAGCAGAGCUGAGAUGCUGCAGCUUCUUAAUGUGACCUCUGCUAAUGUGUCCAUAAGACUUUUUCCUGGCCAAACCAAAACAACUGAUGAUGUCCUCACUGCUGUACGUAUAUUUCCGACCAGUUUCUCUUUCCCUUCUCAUUCCUUUCUCCACAGCAUCGUCAGAAAACCACAAAUUAUGAGCCAUCUCCUUUUGUUGCUUGGUGCUUCUGAUUUGCAGGUAUCACUGAUUGUUACCAUGGAAACAUGGCUCCUAGGGCUAAGUUAGUCAGGUGGCUGUGUGGUUUACUUUUAUGAUGAGUCAGUCUUUAUUUUUAUGACAUGUCGAAUUAACAUUAGAGUAUUUUAAGAGCGAAAUCAAGACUGACCUAACACUACAGACCAGUCUAAACCGUUGUGAAACUGGUUCCAGGUCUUUUUACGCACAACACCUUCAGAUUGUAACACAGGCUUUAUGUUAAGUUUGUCUCAUGUCAAAGCAGUGAUAACCCUGAAUAUAAUUUUCUCAGACCUUACAAACCUCCUACACACAGCCACAGAUGACAUGACACAACUGUUAGGGCUAAGUAGUACAGACCCUCACGAGAAAAACAGGCGGAGUGCCCCUUUAAAGUGAAGACCCACAGAGAAACUUUGCUAAACUUUGUUGGAGAAAAAAAGCAGAGUGAUGUGUUUAUUUUACUGGUGUUGUCAAGUCCACCGUCCUGCACAUCUUCUCCAGAACCACAAGCAGAAUCGGAAACUUCACUGAUAUACUGAUAUCAAUUGCAUCUCAUUACAGCAGAUUCAGUAAAUCAGCUCAGACAAACCCCCCAUUUAAUCCUGUGAGUUUGUCUCCAUUCAGAUGAUCUAAAAAAAAAAAUAAAAAAAACCCCACCUCCCUUUGACAUUCCCAUCUCCACUCAGAGAAGUCCCCUCUCAUCUGUUGAAGACAGUAUCGGUGACUAUUACUCCCUCUGAGCUCUGAUACGUCUCCCCGCUCACCUUUCCCUCCUGUCGGCCUUUAAGCACCUGUGAUUGUGAUGUCAUCAUUGUGAAACAACUGCCUUGUUUCCCUUGUCCUCCUUUGUCAUAUUGUGCUUCUGAAAGAUUAAAGAGAAAAAAAAAGAUUCUUUUACAUAUAAAAACAAACCCUGUAAAAAUGUUGGAGACAGUUAUUUUAUAUAUCCGUUUUCUUUUUCUUUUUGUAAACAAAAUGGUUGGGAUCUCUCUCUCUUUAGUGGUCAUCCCACUGCUUUCUGUAUAUUGACCAAUAAAGACUUGUUUUAGACUCUA